UGCGGUGAAAGUUUGCGGCGAACAAAAACUCUGCGAUUUGCGUUUUCUGCGAAUGAGACACGGAAGGUCAAACCCUGAAGUGGAUAUGGUGGGAGAGCGGAAUCAUGACGGUCAACAAUGGGACACGGAUGAGGAGAAAAUAAGUGGAGUAGGUGCAUAUCUGACUCAGGAGGGAAGAACACGUGUCAACGGCACGAACAUGAGCGCCACGUCCAGCAGAAAUGGGUCCUGGUCAAACUCACUGUCCACACCGAGCUUCUCGACAACAUUUCGAACUUCUGGCUACGAUCGGGGUUGUGACAGUGUCGUUCUCGCUCCCGAUCCCAACGAAGCCGAUGACGAGGAGGGAAUCCUGGAAAAGGACGGAGAUGCCAUAUUGCCCACGCCGAAGGUUUUGUCAAUCCUCGAAAAUGAUGGCCAUUAUCAUGUCCCCAACGCUGCCCCUUCUGACGGCGAAGCCGUUGGCAAUGCAUUCUUAAAGAGGAUGAUGAUAGUGCUGCCGAUGACUCGGAAAACGUUGACGAUGACCGGGCCACGAGGGCGAGGGCGGCGGUCACCGUGGCGGUCGUGGCCCUGUCAUCGAUUCCCGAGGAGGAUGGCUAUGGUGAUGACGCCCCCGAGCAUGGCGAUGGUGAUGAUGAGUGUGAUGAGUGUGAUGGUGAUGCUUAUGACGCGCAUGAUAGGGGUUGGGGAGGGAUUAAUCAUAGCAAGUAGCGAGCUGAAAAUGUGUGUGGUGGACGGGGGAGAAAGCACAAAGUCCACGUCAGUAAACCCGACGGACAAAGCAGAGGCUAAUGUCAGUUGGCAGCACAGACGUCUUCUGUUCGAAGGGUACCCUCCUCCUCCUCCUCCUCGUCCUUCCCAGUCUAUCAUGAGAAUGGGGUUUCGUGAUGAUUUUAGGGGUUUUGACGACCAGUGGUCUACAGAAAACGACGACACGCCCAAUGUCCAGAAAAGGCAGCAUCAGCAGCAUGAUGAUGAUGAUGAUGAUGAUGAUGAUGAUGAGGUGGCGGAGAGCUUGAUGAGUCGUUCCCGUGAUUAUCACGAUUCCUUUGUGUCGACUUCAAAGAGAAAAAAACCUGGCUUAGCAAAAGCCGAUCGGAAGGGCAAAACGGCUCCAUCUUCACGAGUGGUACCAUCACUGUCAGUGGCGUUGUCGGCAAUGCAGCAUGAUAUUGCUCCAGCAUAUCAGACCGGUGAGCAUGGUGACGAUCUCCGCGUUUUGGGGAGAGCAGAUGGUAACGCCAUGGGAGAAUAUCACGGGCUACGUCAACGACCAUCUGUCAAAGCGAGACCUCCUGCGCAUCGGCUGCUUGCUGGAAGUCGAAAUGAACCAUCCACCAUAGCGAACAAGUCAUCAACCUCGAGUCUGCCAACGAUUAAGUGCAUAAAGAAGAUGGUUGUUGCCUUGGUUGUGCCGAGUGGGCAGAGCCAGGAAACUGAGAGAAUAUCUACAACAUUGCUGAGUAUCCAGGAUGGAAAUCGAGGUCGGCGGUUUCUAAAGCGCCCAGUCUCCAUUGGAAUAACCAAGAGUCCAGCAUACAUCACGUACAAGCUUAGCUAUUUUGAGAUGAUUUAUGAGGUAAAGGAAAAAAUUACUUUGGGAAGCUCCUGCCAGGAAGCACUUGCAACCUGUGACGGAAUCCGUUGGCAAGGGAACAACACUGACUCUGACAGCAAAGUCAAGGCUAGUGGCGAACUCGAGGCUACCGGCGAAAGCAACGGGAGAAACAACAGCGGAACCUGCUGCUUCUGCAGAGUCCGAGACAUGAUCGCUGGUCCCCAUGACAGUAGGCUGGCCCGAUGCUCAUGGAGUUCUCAUCUCAGGUCUCUUGCCUUCUGCAUUGUGAACGGUUCUUCUAAAUUUCGUUCCUAUGAAAUCGUUGGGAGUGAACUCGACUAUGCAAUUCAGGUCGCUAUUUCCGAUGGCCUAGAUGAGAAAGAGGAAAAGCUGAUGUUGAGCCCCAGUCGUCAGGUAGCUGUAAAUUUGGACAAUACUGUGCGUGCAAACAUUGUUGGGGACUUCAAUGAUGAUGUAUCCAUCCGUAUGGACGGUUCCUUUCUGCUGUUGGUAAAUGAGAGCAAUAUGUGGGACAAUUCGAAAUGGUUAAUACUAAAGAAAGAGAAGGUUGUUGGCAUUUCCUGUCGAGAGCCGGGAGUAACCGGGAAGUGGUUCAAUAAGCAACCUGGCAUAGGGAAAGGAUGUGACAAUCCACCUGGAACCUGUCUGGGUAAUCAGAUCAGUGACUAUAUGAAGGAUCGACAAAAUUAUGCGAGUUAUUACGGGACACUGUCUGGACGCAAAGAGAAUGGAUUGAUGACAUUGGAGUACUUGGUCACUCGGGCAAGGAACACACUGAUUACACUGGAACUGAAUGCGGAUGAUGUGGUAUUCGAGAUGAACAGGAGUCCAGGGAAAAUCAUAUCAGUUUUCAUGCCAAGUUUUGAGGCGAUGGCUGCUGUCGGUUUGCUGGAAGUUGUGGCCAUGAACACGGGAACCCUGACAGCAGGAUUCACAUUAAGAAUCUUGAAUUGCUCAAGGGGAGUAGCACCAAUACAGGAGUUGGCAAGAUUAAUCGAUGCUGAAGAAAAAGUACUUUUCCAAUUCGAGGUCCGCACUGAAGAUGACAAUGCUGCAAUGCGAAGAUGCGAUGUGGUUCUGUUUGACUCGGAAAACAUCGUCACAGAUUCAGCAACCAUGUUCUUCAAUACCACCGCAACCACGUACGAGAAGGGAGGUUUGAUGGGACUGGACUCUGUUGAUGAAGGUGAUGGACGUGUCAUCAUUCAUAAGCGGCAACGGCAUGUGAUCACUUGCGAAGACAUCUGCCCGAAGUUCUACGACCUGCCAUGCUUUGCAGCCAUGGGUUGCUGGAAACGGAUAAAGACUCUAGCGCUUAUUGUGGGCUCCAUCAUUCUGUUCAUCAUCACCUGCAGAAUACUUAAGAGUUGCGGCAUGACCUUUGAAGUCCUUGGGGCUUUCCUAGGACAGGUCUUGGCACUUAUAAUCAGGGUAUGUCCGUUUCUCUUACAGCUUUUCACCUGGGUACUUCGAGGAUGCCUCGUACUUGCCAUGCUCGUUGCGAGUUGUGUAUGUGGAUUUCAAAAGGUUCCGUCACAAGCAGGGGCUGAAAGAAAUAAGGGAAGCCAAAGAAAUGCAUUAAGAGUCGAAGGAGAAGAAGCUGUUCCGAAAACAAAGGGUGGAACAAACAAGGGGAAAAAGAGUGCGAAAAGGGCCAAAAGUAAUCAGACAAAAAGAAGAGAUGCAAGAGUCCGUGCUGCCAGUGUACGGGGGAAGCAGUGGAAAGAACAGAUCUCCAAUUACGGUGAUUAUGGCAGAGGAGAUGGUCACAAUUCUGGUAUUGAAGAGGAUGCCAUUGGCGGAAACGAGAGAGAGAUCCUGGAUGAAGAAAUUCCGGAUGAAGACACUGAUACGAGGGCUUAUGAGGAGGUGCAUUAUGGAGGGGAUGAGACGGGCACUAGCCAUGCAGCUGCUGAUGAUAGAAUUGAAAAAAUGGAAAAUGGGCAAGGCGAACUGGAUAUGCGAGAAGGACUACAAUUGCCGCAGCAUCCAGUGCCUGUGUUACCUGUGGUGGCGCCUAUCAUUGAUCUCGUGCGCCCUCGGGUCGACAAAGUUCAAGAAAUCCAAUCUGACUUUGAGCCUCUAACGCCACGCACACCGCCAACACCUCCAAGGACUGAUACUGUGUCGAGAACUAUCAUGAUGGAAUCGGAGGGAAGCGGAUCUGAAACAGAGGCAAGGAACACAUCAUCAGGUUCUACGGCAAUUGGAAGAAGGACGGUAACAAGGGAAGAUUCGGAAAAUAGGCUAUCGGUUUUCCCUGGAGGAGUCAUUGGAUGGCAGUGCAGCUCAGAAAGCGGUCUUCAGAGAUACUCGUUCAUGAGUCGUGCAGAGGCUUCCUAUGGUGAAAACUGGACAACGAUAGGGAAAUGCGAUGGGUCAAAUGCAAGCUCACCUUCUCGAGUCAAACGGUUGCGAUACUCGAGAACAACAAGAUUGAGCACUCUUCACCAAUCCUCUUAUUCGAGAUCAUCCGCUGAGGCCGAGACGUCAUGCAGCGAAUACAGUGUUCAUCGGAGAUCUGACCCCUCAACCACCGCUGCAAGGGAUCUGUGUGAGGUCGACGUUCCUCCUUGCCUCGGCGAGGAGUACAUCUAUCGAUUGAUGGACUCUCAGGAGGUGGUUUACUUAAACAUAGAGAGUGCAGGGAGCAUUGCGUGCCUGUUUAAGCCAGGCGAGAGCUGUUCAGUGGCAGGGCACCUCCUUUCGAGUGCCUCCGACCACCUUGUUAACUUUGUUAUGGUCCCGGGACGCAACCGACAGCUCAAGGUGUGUGACGAUCAGGGGAAUUACAGCCCACUUGUCCCGCCCAAGGCACUGGACAGUGUCUACUUUACGGCCAAAAUGACGAUCGGUGAAGCUAAAGAACUGAUAAGUCUAAACCCACGAGCGCCCUGUUUGAAUUGAUUUAGGACAUUAUGAGACAUUGAAGA